UUCCCCCUCCCCUUUUCUCCUAUCGCUCUCCUCCACCGACUCUUCAACUGGCGCCACAGUGUUCUCGCCGCCCGAUGCCCCAUUUGCUAUAAAAGAUCGCGGGCGGCGCUCCGGGAUGGAGCCCACCGCCGCCGCUGCUGCCGCCCACACUCCGCAAGUGAUUGAGUUGGCGAUCGAGGAAACAGUGGUAUAUGAACUGAGGUGGAGGAUCCAGAUAAAAUAUCCCCCUCACCCCAUCGAUCAAAAGGCGACGUCAUUCCCUUCUUUACUGCAAGCCCCAAAGCCAACGCCCUUGGCCAAGGCAAAACCAAUUGCUAAAGUACUGCCUGCCAUCAGGGAAAGAAAACGGUCAACAUCGACAGAAAACGACAGUUCAUGGGAUACUACUGAAAGGAAUUUGAAAUCGCGACUCUUCGGUGAAGAAAACCCAGAUACAAUCUACGUUUACACCUUCGAGACAGAGAAAUCGCCAGGUUUAUUGACAGUUGAGGUACAACAAGAACAAAGCAAAGAACAUAUUACAAAGACUGAAGAAGUUUCAUCUCUAAAGGAAAUCUCAAGCAAAUCAAUUGCAAGUCAAUUGCAUAAGAAGUUCCUUUCAAGUGACCAGGAACACGAAAGUUUAUCUCGAAGAGGAUCUGAUCCUUGCGCUCGUCAUCGAGAUUGGAUCCGUAAGGCAUUCUCUCUGUCCGAAUCCAAGCGAAGAGGAAUAACAAGAGACAUGGAGUGUGUUAACGGAGAAGGAUGCCACACCGAGAAUGCAGAGAUCGACACCAAAGGUCACAAAGAGACUACUAUUUCCGACUGCUUGGAAGAGUUCUUGGGCAGCCUGCACUUGAGCCACCUGCUGGACUACCUGAAGGUGCUGGGUUGUAUGUGCGUCAGGGACCUUAGGCUUCUUGAGAUGCCCGAGUUGGAGGCCAUUCAGCUGGUUUCCCGUCGCCGCCUCCUGCAGCAGCUCGAUUCCCUCAGCCUUCACCACGAAGCGCCCCCCGAAGGAUGCUCCCUCGAGGCCUGGCUGACCUGGUACGGGCUGACGCACAUCUCCGGGUUCCUGACGGCCAUCGGCGUCCACAGCGUCGGAGAUCUCAGGUACCUGAGGGAGGAUGACCUGGUGCUUCUCAAGCCAGUCACUCGAAGAAGGAUUCUCGCGUGCAACAGGAAACAUGUGGAGAAGGCAAGGUUGAUGCACAAUGGCUUAGUAAGAAAUGAUUAUCUAAUGUAGACGCUAAAGACAAUAAACCUACAAAUCCCAGUAAGGCUGUCUUUCAAGAUACUAACUACGACACCAGAAGGUAAAGCUUUUACGACUCCAACACCGACGACCUCUAUCAUUACCACUCUGAUUAUAUCAACCUGACGGAACUAGCAGUUAAGAGGAACGCGGUGUUCAAUAAGAAUAUAAUUUCUAAAACCAGAACUCUAAUUUAACUACCAUGAAAUCCUUUCCAACUCCUUGAAUAACAAUCAAUUAUAAAUUCUGUUCCAAAUGGCAGACAGACAGGCUUAUUUCCAAAAUAACAUUGUAAAUAAGGUGAAUGAUUCAAUACCAGCACGUUUUGUCAUUUUCUAAUCCAAUGACAUCGAAGCUAACAAACGAGUAUUAAAUAACCGAUGAAGUUGUAGAUUCGAGAGUUAAUUAUAGUAAUCAACAUUUUCAGCAAUUUUGUUUAUUUUUGCUUAUGGCGCCUUUAAUUUCGAUCACUUGAUUUCUUGUUUUAUACUCUAUUUAAAUUGCCUAUUAUCGAUCGGCAGGAAACGUCAAUCGAAAUAACUGUUUCAUAUCUUGAAACGUAACAAGAGCGAGAGCUGUAGUUUGAAUGCUUGAUAUCUUAGUGUAUAGUUUGAACUGCAAGAUACAUACUUGACAAUCUACCAGACACCAACACCAUACACUUAACGAAAGCCAAGCAGAUUAGAAUCAGGACCCACUAGUGGUUCCUAAUUGAAUACUGGUUUAAACCAGCAAUGGAAGGUAAAAUAAUACAUGCGUGAUUGUACACGACUUUAGGCUGAAGAAUUGAAUGAUCUCAUGGUUCCAUGGAGACAGCAAUUCAAAACCGGACAGACCAGUACAACGAUACACAAACUAUUCACAUACAGUUGAAGAUAGAUCAGACAGGCUUGGUGACGUUGCGGUAUGUCAAUACUGUCUUCGCCUUGCCACAAACAGGUGAGCAUAAACAUACACACAUAAUAUAUACACAAUAGCAGAUUUCAUACAUAUACACUAGACGCAAUGUGAGAAUAUACAACGAUUUAACUGUUUAAUCGCUAUAUAACAACAACUUACGGUAAAAGCAUAAAUCCCACAGAAAUGAAAGUGAAGAAUAAUGAUCAAGAAUGACGGAAAAUAAGUGAAUCUCAUAACAUCAAGUUGCCUUGCUGAGGGAGGUACUUCUUGGUACUUCAUAGACAUAAUGAAUAUAUGAAUUCGCGUAGCUUAGAUUAUUUGCGUUCAAUGUUAUCCUAUGUUUGUGCUUCUACCGCUUUUUUUUUAAAUCUGUCCUUAUAGUUUUUAAAAUAACUAUUUAUUUCAUUAAUAUCUGUAGCUAACCUCGAAAACUCGGUACCAAUCAAAUGAAAACACUUACCGGUGUAAACAUUACACUAGAAGUAUAGUGACCAAGCUUAGUUAGUCAAAAUCAACACAAGUCGUCUUAUACUGUUUCCCAAAGGCGAAUAAAUACUCUAAUUUGACUAAUAGUGAACGAACUACGAUUGUACCUUGGAAAAAAAUAAAAUAAAAAAACUGAAAUAAAUGUACGAGCAACUUAAUAAAAAUAUUUAAAAAAGAA